AUGGCCACAGCUCCAUCCAGAGACGAUCGUCGAAUCAUCUUGCACUUUGAUUAUGACUGCUUCUACGCUGCCGUCUUUGAGGUAGAGCAGCCGGUGCUGAAGUCACUGCCGUUGGCAGUGCAGCAGAAACAGAUUGUGGUAACCUGUAAUUACGAAGCCCGACGGAGGGGGCUACGCAAGCUCCAACUGAUCAGGGAGGCCAAACAGAUCUGCCCGGACGUCGUCAUUGUUCUGGGCGAGGACCUGACCCGCUUUCGCGAUGCCUCCAAGCGGCUUUUCCUCUAUCUGCGAUCGUUCGUCUGGGGGGACAAGGUCGAACGGCUAGGCUUCGAUGAGGUGUUCAUGGACGUGACCGAGAUGAUCGAUUACAACGUUGACCUGCUCAACCGCCAUGACCUGGAACACUCGUUCUUCCAUCUUGACCGGCAGGAACCCACAGUGGGUUUCUCCUACAAUGCCACCCAAGUGCACGGGCCCACUUACCCUGCGGAUCUGAAUUUAAUGGCUGUAAGUCUAAGCUCGAACGGGGAGAUUUCAGGGCUCUACACGCGGCUGCUCGUGGCCUCGCACUUGGCAGGCUUCCUGCGAGGCCAACUCGAGUUCCACAUGGGUUACACGGCCACCGUGGGGAUCUCAACCUCCAAAUUGCUAGCCAAGCUGGUAGGCAACACACAUAAACCGAACAACCAGACCACCCUUCUUCCGCCGUACGACGCGAAAUCAGGCGCACUGGAGAGUAAUGUGGUGACCUUUCUUGAUGGACAUGAGAUCCGGAAGAUUCCUGGGUUGGGCUCCAAGCUGACUCGGAAAAUCACCGCUUACCUUACCAAAGCUGGCGCACAGGCCAGCUCAGCCACCCCCCCUCUGGCGGAUGAGCCAAAGACUGUUCGCGAUGUGCGACUGUAUUCCAGUAUGGGACCAGCCCUGCUGGACCGUAUACUCGGCGGACCAGGUGCACCCCGGGAUAUUGGUGCGCGGGUCUGGGGCUUGCUAAAUGGCGUUGACUCUGCGCCGGUUAUUCCGGCGGGCGACGUGCCCACUCAGAUCAGUAUCGAGGAUACUUAUGGGCGUCUGGAUACUCUGGAAGACGUUCGGAAGAAAUUGGCCUCUUUGACGGCUAGUCUUCUCCGUCGCAUGCGGACUGACCUGACGGAGCAGGACCUUGAGGUAGAUGCAGGGCCGGAUCAACUUGUCCACAGCUUGGAACCCGUGGAGAAGUCCUCGACCCGAUGGCUGGCUCGUCCUCGGACACUGCGACUGUCUACGCGACUUCGGAACUCGGGUACGGAGGGUGUGCGACCGGCUCAUCGGACCUCGCGCUCUGAGCCGCUCCCUGCAUAUGUGUUUGCUCUGGAUGAAACUAUCGAUGCUCUGGCAGAGCGCUUGGUGCAUGAUUCCCUGCUAUCCAUGUUUCGCAAAUUGCACCCGGAGAAAUCUGGCUGGGACCUUCAAUUGAUGAAUGUUGCGGUGACGAACAUGGUUGAAGGAGCCGGCGAUAGGAAGCAGAGCAGUGGACGCGACAUUGGAAAGAUGUUCCAGACUCAAAGAACAGGGACCAAAGAAUUUCCUGACGCACAGUAUGCGGACGUGCCCAUCUCAGAGACAAAGGAAACCAUUGCCGAGUUUCGUCCCGAGGCCAGUCAUAUUAUAGAUCAUCCUGUGGGAGAUGUGGCGUGGGAGGAAAGCGAUGAGGAAGAGGGCAUGCUCUGCAUAGCCUGUGAUAUCUGUGGUGCCUCGAUUCCUCAUUUUGCGCGCGAGGCGCAUGUUCUAUAUCACGCAGCUGCGGAUUGA